AUGAAACAUGGCAUGAAUUCCCAGAUAGCCUUCUUGGAUUGUGCAAAACGUUGUGUACUGGCUUGUUCUCCUGUUUUCAGAAGACAACAAUUCUUGAUAAGAUCUGUGGGAGGCUCCAUUGGAAUUGAUCAACAAAUCCAUUCUAGAGAUAUGCAAGGCCUAAGGUCUGUUGAGGUUGACUCUGAGAGUAUUAUUCGAGCAAUUAUUCCAGCCCUUGAUCCUAGCAGACAUAAAGGCCAGGCAGGAAAUAUAGCUGUUAUUGGAGGCUGCCGUGAAUACACAGGUGCUCCAUAUUUUGCUGCAAUUUCAGCCUUAAAAAUUGGUGCAGAUCUAUCCCACGUGUUUUGUACAAAAGAUGCUGCUCCUGUUAUUAAAAGCUACAGUCCUGAGUUGAUUGUGCACCCUGUUUUAGAAGAAUCUUACAAUGUCAGGGAGGAAUACAAAAGAUCUAUGUCAAGCAAGGUUCUUGCUGAAGUUGAUAAGUGGAUGGAAAGAUUUACCUGUCUAGUUGUUGGUCCAGGCCUUGGAAGAGACCCAUUUCUUCUGGACUGUGUGAGUGACAUCAUGAGACAUGCAAGAAAGUCAAACAUCCCAAUAGUUAUAGAUGGGGAUGGACUUUUUCUUGUUACAAAUAAUCUUGACCUUGUUAGUGGCUAUGCCUUAGCUGUUCUAACACCAAAUGUCAAUGAAUAUAAGCGCCUUGUUCAGAAAGUACUGAGUUCUGAAGUAAAUGACGUAGAUGCUCCUCAGCAAUUGCUAUCUGUUGCCAAACAGAUUGGUGGUGUUACUAUCCUAAGGAAAGGAAAAUCUGAUCUCAUAAGUGAUGGUGACACAGUCAAAUCAGUGAGUAUCUAUGGUUCUCCUAGGCGUUGUGGUGGCCAAGGUGAUAUCCUUUCUGGAAGUGUUGCUGUCUUCUUGUCAUGGGCACGUCAACAUAUCUUAGCUGCUGAUCCUAUUUCAAAUCCCAGUUAUAAAAAUCCAACAGUUUUGGGAUGCAUAGCUGGGUCUGCUAUAUUGAGGAAGGCUGCAGCACUAGCUUUCUCGGAUAAGAAAAGAUCAACAGUUACUGGGGACAUUAUUGAAUGCUUAGGGAAAAGUUUGGAAGGCAUUUGUCCUGCCAGUUAA